AUGAAGACUUUAUUUAAAUUACGAAUUCUCCAAUCUGUGUGGACUCCCCAGUCACCUUCUAGAUUAUUCCACAAAGAUAACAGACGUCUUGUGUCUCAGAUUGUUUCACACUAUGAAUCUAUAAACCGGUGUGAACAGGAACUGCCAGAACACUUCAACUUUGCAAGUGAUGUCCUAGACAAGUGGUCUCAGCUGGAAAAGGAUGGGAAGAGACCCGCAACUGCAGCUUUCUGGUGGAUAAAUGAUAAGGGAGAUGAGGUGAAGUGGAGCUUUGAGGAGCUGGGAUUUCUGUCCAGAAAAGCAGCCAAUGUGCUUUCUGACCCAUGUGGAUUGCAAAGAGGAGACCGAGUAAUAGUGAUUCUACCUCGGAUACCAGAGUGGUGGUUACUGAAUGUGGCUUGUAUGCGAACAGGAAUUGUCUUUAUUCCAGGAACAUCCCAAUUAACGGCCAAAGACAUUUUCUAUAGACUCCAGGCUUCGAAGGCCAAGUGCAUCAUUACCAAUGACACACUGGCACCUGCAGUGGAUUCUGUCAUGCCUGACUGCCAGUUUCUGAAAACCAAGCUAAUUGUUUCCGAAGGCAGCAAGGACAGGUGGCUGAAUUUCCAAGAGCUACUCAAGGUGGCACCGGCUGACCAUAACUGCGUCAAGACAAAGAGUCGAGACCCAAUGCUCAUCUAUUUUACCAGUGGAAGCACAGGACCUCCCAAAAUGGUUGAACAUUCCCACAGUAGUUACGGCAUAGGAUUUACAGUCAGUGGCAGGUACUGGCUGAAUCUGACUCCCUCAGAUAUAUUCUGGAACACAUCAGACACAGGCUGGGUCAAGUCAGUCUGGAGCAGCGUUUUUUCUCCCUGGAGUAGCGGAUCAUGUGUCUUUAUACACAGCAUGCCACGGUUUGAACCAACAACUAUUGCGAAUACUCUCUCAAGGUAUCCCAUAACCACUUUCUGCACAGCACCAACUGCCUACUGCAUGCUUGUGCAGCACGGUCUUACCAGAUACAAAUUCAUGAGUCUGCGUCAUUGUGUGACUGGAGGGGAGCCGCUCAAUCCAGAAGUGAUGAAUCAAUGGAAAACCCAAACAGGUCUGGAUAUCUAUGAAGCCUAUGGCCAGACGGAAACAGUAACAAUAUGUGCCAACGUAAAAGGAAUGAAAAUUAAACCAGGCUCCAUGGGAAAGGCAUCUCCACCUUACGAUGUUCAGGUUGUAGAUGACCAGGGUGAUAUUUUGCCUCGAGGAGAAGAAGGAAACAUUGCCAUCCGAAUCAAACCUACAAGGCCAUUUUGUCUUUUCUCUCAGUAUUUAGAUAACCCAGAAAAAACUGCCUCCACAGAGCAUGGGAAUUUUUAUAUCACUGGGGACAGAGGGAUUAUGGAUGAAGAAGGAUACUUUUGGUUUGUUGGAAGGUCUGACGAUAUCAUUAAUUCUUCAGGAUAUCGUAUCGGACCAUUUGAAGUAGAAAGUGCCUUGAUACAGCACCCAGCAGUCGCAGAAUCAGCUGUUGCCAGCAGCCCAGAUCCUAUCAGAGGAGAGGUGGUGAAAGCUUUUGUGGUGCUGAAUCCUGGUUUUCUAUCACAUGACCCAGAAAAAUUAGCUCUGGAGCUGCAGGAGCAUGUGAAAAAGAUUACUGCUCCCUACAAAUAUCCCAGAAAGGUAGAGUUUGUUCAAGAGCUGCCAAAAACAGUUGCUGGGAAAAUCCAAAGGAAGGUAUUAAGGAACAAAGAGUGGGGAAGAGCAUAG